CCCCGUUACACCGCAAUGUCCGAGACCGCCCCGGCGCCCGGCGCCAAGAAGCCGAAGAAGGCGGCGAGCGGCUCCAAAGCCCGCAAGCCCGCGGGGCCCAGCGUCACCGAGCUGAUCACCAAGGCCGUGUCCGCCUCCAAGGAGCGCAAGGGGCUCUCCCUCGCCGCGCUCAAGAAGGCGCUGGCCGCCGGCGGCUACGAUGUGGAGAAGAACAACAGCCGCAUCAAGCUGGGGCUCAAGAGCCUCGUCAGCAAGGGCACCCUGGUGCAGACCAAGGGCACCGGCGCCUCCGGCUCCUUCCGUCUCAGCAAGAAACCCGGGGAAGUGAAAGAAAAGGCUCUUAAGAAGAAAAAAUACACAGUAAUCGAGCCCAAGAAGCUGGCGGCUAAGAAGCCCGCCAGCGCUGCCAAGAAGGCAGUGACAGCAAAGAAAAGCUCCAAGAAAGUUAAGCCUGCAGCCAAGAAAGCAGCCAAGAGUCCCAAGGUGACAAAGGCUGUCAGGCCCAAGAAAGUGGUGGCAGCAACGAAGAGCCCGGCUAAGGUGAAGCCGGUGAAGCCCAAGGUAGCCAAGCCAAAAGCGGCUAAGGCAAAAAGGCAGCGCCCAAGAAGCUGA